UUGAUUUACCAGUGUCUGGAGCGAGUCUUGAGAGAGACGGAUCCGAACGACGAAGGAGAAAUGGAGAGGGCGAAGAAGUUUCUGGGGCUGAGUCAGGACGAGUCCGAGGCCGUGUCGCGACUCGCCGUUCCAGAACGGCAAGCGGGCGAAGGGAAGAGCUUCUACGACACUUUCGCUCUUGCUGGCAACCGAGUCGUCCGAGUCGAACCCGGACUCAUCGUCUGUUCUUUCAAAGUCCCUCCCCGCCUCACUGAUAGAACUGGGAAGUUGGCCAGUGGGGCAAUUGCAAACCUGGUUGAUGUUGCCGGUAUUUCCGUAGAUUUUGUUGAGGGUCUACCUAUGAAUGUUUCAGUGGAUAUGUCUAUCUCCCAUCUCUCAACUGCCAAGCUUGAUGAUGAGUUAGAGAUCAUCUCAAAAAGGUUAGGGCAAAGAGGAGGUUGCACUGGAACAUUGGUACUUGUGAGAAACAAAGCAACUGGUGAGAUUAUUGCUGAAGGUAGACUUUCAAUGUUUCGUACACAAGCUUCUAGCAAACUCUGAGUAUGUCCGGAUUAAACGAACCGCUUGUGGGGGGUGGGGGAACAAGGUUGAAUCUCCUUUGGGAUUGCUUUCUGUUUAUAGUUGAUUAUUUUUUAUUGAUUAAAGAGUCAGAAUGUUGACAAUGGUAUGGAUUAACAUUCACGGCGCAGUUGCUGGCCUUGGAAGGACAGAGACCAAAUGACCAAUUGGUUAUUAUUGGUCUAUUCUUCCCCAUUGUAUUGUAUUUAUUAUUCUUUGUUGGCCUUCUAUUGACAUGGAUGCUAAACUUUCUAAUGUUUUAUAUAGGGAGGGUAAAUGGUAGCUCUUGCCUAAUUUGUGUUUU